UUUCCUUCCAGAUACUGUCUCACCAGGGUUAUAUACACAACUUGCAGCCACAGGGCAAGGUCCAGGUGUUCAGAUCUUUCCACCCCUAAUAUAUCAAGGCCUCCCAAACCUCUUCUGGCACCCAGAGAACAGGGUGUCUGUCCGGAGCGUAACCUGCAGGAGCAUAGCCAUGGUGCUCUGGAGUCCGGUGCUGGGAGCUCUGCUGGUAGUCAUUGUGGUGUACCUGUGCCUGCCAGGCCUUCUCCGACAACGCGGGCCCCAGGAGCCCCCUCUGGACAAGGGCACAGUGCCCUGGCUGGGCCAUGCCCUGGCUCUCAGGAAGAAUAUGCUUGGAUUCCUGAAGGACAUGAGGACCAAGCACGGGGAUGUGUUCACAGUGCAGCUAGGGGGCCGGUACUUCACCUUUGUCAUGGACCCCCUCUCCUUUGGCCCCAUCCUCAAGGAUACACAAAGAAAACUAGAUUUUUCAAAAUAUGCAAGAGGACUGGUGCUAAAGAUAUUUGGAUACUAUGCAGAGGGUGUGGAGAAACAGAAGAUCCACUCAAGCAGCACUAAGCAUCUGAUGGGGCAUGACUUGGAGGAUCUCAAUAAUGUCAUGGUGGACACCCUGUCCCUGAUAAUGCUGGGGCCCAGAAGCCAAAGUCUGGAUGCCAGUUGCUGGCGCGAGGAUGGCCUCUUUCACUUCUGCUAUAACACCAUGUUCAAGGCUGGCUACUUGAGCUUGUUUGGCUACACGAAGGACAAGGAGCAGGACCUGCUACAGGCAGAGGAGUUAUUCACCCACUUCCUCAGGUUUGACUACCUUUUCCCCAGGAUUCUCUAUUCCAUGCUGGGGCCCCGGGAGUGGCUAGAAAUGGGCCGACUCCAGCGUUUCUUUCCCAAGAUGCUCUCUGUGAAACACAACCAGGAGAAGAUAGGCAUAACCAACUGGAUAUGCUCCCUCCAUCAGUUUCUGCGGGAGCGGGGAGUAGCCCCAGACAUGCAGGACAAGUUCAACUUCAUGAUGCUCUGGGCCUCCCAGGGGAACACAGGGCCUGCCACUUUCUGGGCCCUCUUGUUCCUCCUGAAGCACCCAGAAGCCAUGCAGGCUGUGAGGGAGGAGGCCUCCCAGGUCCUGGGUGGGGCGAGGCUGGAGGCUGGACAGUCUUUCCCGUUCAAACGUAGUGCCCUGCGAUGCACCCCAGUGCUGGACAGUGUGAUGGAGGAGACUCUACGGCUGAGGGCAGCACCCACCCUCUGCAGGGUGGUGUCCGAGGACUACAUCCUGAAGAUGGCCAGUGGGAAGGAGUACCUGUUCCGCCGCGGAGACAUCGUGGCCCUCUUUCCCCACCUCUCAGUGCACAUGGACCCUGACGUCCACCCUGAGCCCACUGCUUUCAAGUACGAUCGCUUCCUCAACCCUGAUGGGAGCCGAAAAGUAGACUUCUACAAGGCAGGCAAGAAGAUUCACCACUACACCAUGCCUUGGGGCUCAGGCGUCUCUAUCUGCCCUGGGAGGUUCUUUGCCCUCAGCGAGAUGAAGCUCUUUGUCCUGCUCAUGGUCACAUACUAUGACCUAGAGCUAGUUGACCCUGACACACCUGGGCCCCAGGUUGACCCGAAGCGCUGGGGCUUUGGUGUCAUGCACCCCAACCACGAGGUGCGCUUCCGCUACCGCCUGCAGCCUGCAGAGUGAGCUAGACCAAGCCAGCACAAGCCUGAGCAGAGGGUCUCCUCCCUGGGGGCUCCCACCUCUUCUCUCCCUCUGCACCCCAGACUCCUACCCCCACCCCUCUGGUUCUGUGGCACGUCCUACCUCUGUCCUGGUCAUCCUAAAUCUCUCACCCCUUAGUCAUCUCACAGCUUGUCAUUCUCUCCUUAAAACGCUAUUUCUCACGGUGCGUCCUGCGGAGCCCUCCUCUCGCAGGAAGUCCAGGGGAAGAGGAAAUAUCUGUGGGCCACCCCGUUUGGGAGAUGGUGCCUGCCUUGAGAAGUCCUGCAGUACAGAAACUGGUCCCCAUGAGUAAUGUGGCAUCUUGCAAAUCUUAGCCUCUACCCUCCCGCCUUGCUUUACUGUUUUUCCGCAACCUUUAUUCCGCAUCCUGUGAAAUUCAGGUUCUAGAACAGUGUCUUCCAAUAGAAAGAUAAGGUAAGUUACAUGUGUAAUUUUUAAUUUUUUAGUAGAUACCUUUUUAAAAAGUAAAAAGAGAGAUAAGUCAUUUUUUGAAUAUAUUUUACUGAACUCAAUAGAUCCAAAAUAUUAACAUGUGAUCAAUAUAAAAAGUAUUAGUGAGAUAUUUUUCAUUCCUUUUUUCACCCUGUCUUCAAGAGCCGGUGCGUGCUGUACUCUCGCGGCACUUCCCAAUUCAACUAGCCACAUUCCUGGUGCUCAACAGCCCCUGCUGCCAGCAGCUGCGUGUUGGACACCGCAGGCAGAAAAACACUGCCUUUACUGUAGGAGUUCUUCAGGGUCCCUCCUCAGUGCCCUUGUCUCCUCUGUGCACCCCCACCUCAGGGUGGUCUCAACCCCCCCUGGUUUUCCAUGAUCACUGCUGAGCUCAGAGCUUUCUCCUACCCCCAGAGCCCCAGGGGAGGCCCACAGCACCCCUGACUCAGCUUGGCCCAAGCAGAACUCAGCCUCUGUCCCCCUGCCUCUUCCCUGAACCACUCCCUCCUGCUGACUUCCCUGCCUCUCUGCUCAGGACGCUACCAUCUAAUCAGGCCCUAGUCCUGUCCCCCCAACCCCCUCGGAUGCCUCUGAAAUGUGUCCCCUCCUCCCUACCCCUGCUGCCAUUCCUAUACCUGUGACCUCUGCAUCUCUCUCCACACCGGGCCUGCCCGGCCCUCUGUCCACCUUGCUGCCAGAGGCCUCCUUCCGAAGGCGCCUCUGAUUGUCACUCUUUUGCUUUCCCAACUCCUCCUUGCCUUCACAUGCCUGACAUUUAAGUUUCACCACAAUUGGUCCCCAAAUUUCUCAAUCCAGUGCAAAUUAACUUUGCCAACCUACAUUGCUUUUCCUCCAGUGCCAGCUGCUCCUGGAAGCCUUCUUGGAUUUCACCCCUCCCAUCCUCUGGUCAGAAUGGCCCCAUCCCCCUGGGCUCCUGCAGCAUCAUGUGUAUCACAGCACCUCCAUUAGGUGUCAUUGUUGUCUCUGUCUUGGUUUCCUCCUCCUUCCCCCUGCCCCAGGCUGCAGCCCACUAAGGCCUGGUAUCUUGUUCAUUCAUUUCUGACCUUCAAUUCCCCAAGUGGUGAUUAAAUUGCAGAA